AUGAAGAGAAGCUUUCUCGCUCUGCGGUUCUGUCUGCUGGUCGGUAUAGCUGGUGGCGCCCCGGGCCCUCAGGAUUAUAUCAGGCUUGGUGACAUUGUUGUUAGCAAACCGACCGCCGUGUACGGCGGGGUGAUUCAAUAUGACUGUGGGAAGGCACUCGUGGGCGAGUUCCGACCGACUGGGUUGCUCAACAAACCGCCGGCAGUCCUGCACAGAUCCAACAUCCACCAAGCCACCGCGCGAGUAUUCGAAGCGCAUGGCCGACUCUCGCCCCCAGCCGAAGAUAGAGAUCUACUGUUCCUCGCAUCCUAUGAGCAUCACGGUAUCCUAUGCUUUGAGAUGGAAGCAGCGGGCAUCAUGGAUGUACUCCCCUGUCUAGUCAUGCGCGGUAUCUGUGAUUAUUGUGACUGGCAUAAGAACAAGCAAUGGCAGACGUAUACUACUAUCACUGCGGCCGCCUAUACCAAGGACCUGCUUUCUGUCAUUCACUUCUACGCUGUCACUCGCACACCCGUUGUUGAUCUCUCUGCCUCCUAUAUGCAGAGCUCAGAACACUCCGAUUAUCCAGGGCAAGGGCAGCCAUCACCUAGGGCUUCAGUACACGGAAAUUCUCCGGACAGUAACACGGAUACUGAAUGGGAUCAGGCCGCUGGCCUCGGUCUUAUACCAACAGCAGUCAUGGAACAAGCCAACUCGUCGUCAGACAGACUGAACGAGGAAACAAUACCGGAGAGUGAAUCCAACCAGAUAAGCUCCGGUGAGGAUUCGAAUCCUGCAUCACCAAUUUCUGAGCCAUUGUUAUGCAGGAACAAGGACGCCAAACUGAUAAUCGCCAUAGACAUUGGCACCAGGUGA